AUGACAAACAUAGCUGAUUAUAAAUAUCUUAAGCGAUUUAAGUUGAAUGACGUAUACAAAAUAUUAAAAUGGGCAUUCAAUAAAACUAAAAGGCCCGGUUUUAUGCAGAUAAAAUCCGCAGAGAAGCCAUUUUCAGUAAAUUUUGUUUUUAUUGAAGAUUUUAAACAAAAUGAGUUUGUGCUUCCGUCAAAUUGUAAAUUGGAGUUAAAUGAAAAGUUAAAUUUUUCUGAUCUACCUUUUUUUCUUACUCGUGAAGUAAAAAUUUGUAAUAUCACACCAGACUUGUCUGUGUUGACUAAAGAAAAUCUUAAUCUUGUUUCAUUUAUAGAAAUAGAACAAUUGUACGAUAGCGAAAUAUUUGUUGAAAAUAAUCCUAGUCUAAAAUGUCCAGAUAAAAAUAACCUUUUUAUUAAUGAUACGCCACACUUUCUUAUAGCUUUGGAUAUAGAAAUGGUUACAACUGAAAUUGGUAAAGAGGUGGGAAGAAUAAGUCUUGUAGAUCAUACGGGUAAUGUACUAUAUGAUAAAUUUGUUAAACCUGUAAAUUGUGUGCAAAAUUAUGAAACAAAAUGGAGCGGAUUAACAAAAACAAUAUUAGAUUCAGGAAUAGACAAUUCUGUAAUGAAAAAUGAAAUUUGUAAAAUUAUAGGCAAAAAUACUGUUCUUCUUGGACACAGCCUAGAAAAUGAUUUUUCUGCUUUAGGAAUGUAUCAUAAUAAAAUAAUUGAUACUUCCUAUUUAUUUUUAGAUGUAAGAAGUAGAAGGAUAGCCUUAAAAGAAUUAUCAAGAUUUUAUUUAAAUACCAUUAUACAAGAUGGUUCCCAUUGUUCUAUUACUAAUGCUAUUACAUGUCUUAAGUUGCUUUCUAUAAAAAUACAAGAAAUGUUAGCAGUGCACAAUAAAAGCAGCCCAGAUAUUAAAAUUAAUCAAAAAAUUUUGUAUCAUAAAGGAUUUAAAGAAUUUGUAGAGAAUCAAGAAAUUGGUUUAAAUAUUUGUGUUACAAAAUCUAAUGAGGUAAAAUCUAACAUAAAUAGAUUAAAUAAAACAAAAAAUUUAACUUUUUACUGGUAUGAAGAAGAUAACAAAAUUAAAUUUGAAUUUUGA